AUGCAGGUAGAUCCCCACGGGCCUCUAAAUGAAAUUCUCGUUUUUCAAAUCAUUCCUCUAUACUCACUUUCCGUAAUACCCCGGCUUCUCUGGAUUCUGUGCUUCUCCAUGGAGGAAGCCCAAGGAGAACUGACAAGUUCUUGUGGUGCUAAAACCAUGGCCCAUGUAACCUUGGCAUUCAGGGAUGUGUCCAUAGACCUCUCCCAAGAGGAGUGGGAGUGCCUGGAUCCUGCGCAGAGGGACUUGUACAAGGAUGUGAUGUUCGAGAACUACAGCAACCUGAUCUCACUGGGAUAUACCAUUCCUAAGCCAGAUGUGAUUGCUUUAUUGGAGCAAGAGAAAGAGCCCUGGAUAGUCAUGAGGGAAGGGACAAGGAGUUGGUACACAGAUUUGGAGUACAAGUGUAUCACCAAGAAUUUACUUCCAGAAAAGAAUGCUUGCAAAAUAUGUUUAUCUCAAUUGCAGACAGGGGAAAAAAGUAAAAAUACCAUCCAUGAGGAUGCCAUGAGAAAUGGUUUGCAGUACAAACAUGAAUUUGAGAGACAAGAGGGACAUCAGAUGGAAUGCAUUAGUCAAAUGAUAAUACAAAAACAAAUAUCUCAUCCUCUGUAUCUGAAAAUUCAUGCUAGAGAGAAACCAUAUGAAUGUAAGGAAUGUAGGAAAGCCUUUAGACAACAGUCAUACCUUAUUCAACAUCUCAGAAUUCACACUGGUGAAAGACCCUAUAAAUGUAUGGAAUGUGGAAAGGCUUUUUGUCGAGUGGGAGACCUUAGAGUACAUCAGACAAUACAUGCUGGGGAGAGACCCUAUGAAUGCAAAGAAUGUGGGAAGGCCUUUAGACUUCAUUACCACCUUACCGAACAUCAGAGAAUACAUUCUGGUUUGAAACCCUAUGAGUGUAAGGAAUGUGGAAAGGCCUUUAGUCGGGUUAGAGAUCUCAGAGUACAUCAGACAAUUCAUGCUGGGGAGAGACCUUAUGAAUGUAAAGAAUGUGGGAAGGCCUUUAGACUUCAUUAUCAGCUAACUGAACAUCAAAGAAUUCACACUGGUGAGAGACCUUAUGAAUGUAAGGUUUGUGGCAAGACUUUUAGGGUACAACGACAUGUUAGUCAACAUCAGAAAAUUCAUACUGGUGUCAAACCCUAUAAAUGUAAUGAAUGUGGGAAAGCCUUUAGUCAUGGCUCAUACCUUGUUCAACAUCAGAAAAUUCAUACUGGUGAUAAACCCUAUGAAUGUAAAGAAUGUAGUAAGUCAUUUAGUUUUCAUGCAGAACUUGCUCGACAUCAUAGAAUUCAUACUGGUGAGAAACCCUAUGAAUGUAAAGAAUGUGGAAAAGCCUUUCGUCUUCAAACAGAACUUACUCGGCAUCAUAGAACUCAUACUGGUGAAAAACCCUAUGAAUGUAAAGAAUGUGGGAAGGCCUUUAUUUGUGGCUAUCAACUUACUUUACAUAUGAGAACUCACACCGGUGAGAUUCCUUAUGAAUGUAAGGAAUGUGGGAAAACGUUCAGUAGUCGCUAUCAUCUUACUCAACACUACAGAAUUCAUACUGGUGAGAAACCCUACAUAUGUAAUGAAUGUGGAAAAGCCUUUCGUCUUCAGGCAGAACUUACCCGACAUCACAGAAUUCAUACAUGUCAGAAACCCUAUAAAUGUAAGGAAUGUGGGAAGGCUUUUAUUCAUAGCAAUCAAUUUAUUUCACACCAGCAAAUUCACACCAGUGAGAGCACCUAUGUAUGUACAGAAUGUGGGAAGAUUUUUGGUCGUCGCUAUAAUCUUACUCAACAUCAUAAAAUUCAUACUGAUGAGAAACCCUAUAUGUGUAAUGAAUGUGGGAAAGCCUUUCGAUUUCAAACAGAACUUACUCAGCAUCACAGAAUUCAUACUGGUGAAAAACCCUAUAAAUGUAUGGAAUGUGGGAAGGCCUUUAUUCGUAGCACUCAUCUCAUGCAACAUCACAGGAUUCAUACUGGCGAGAAACCCUACAAAUGUAAGGAAUGUGGGAAGACGUUUAGUCGUCACUAUCAUCUUACUCAACAUCACAGAGGCCAUACUGGUGAGAAGCCCUACAUAUGUAAUGAAUGUGGGAAUGCUUUUAUUUGCAGUUAUCGACUUACAUUACAUCAAAGAAUUCACACUGGUGAGAUACCAUAUGAAUGUAAGGAAUGUGGAAAGACCUUUAGUCGCCGGUAUCAUCUUACUCAACAUUUUAGACUUCAUACUGGUGAGAAACCUUACAGCUGUAAAGAAUGUGGGAAUGCCUUUCGUCUUCAAGCAGAACUUACUCGACAUCACAUAGUUCACACGGGUGAGAAACCCUAUAAAUGUAAAGAAUGUGGGAAGGCCUUCAGCAUUAAUUCUGAACUUACUCGACAUCACAGAAUUCAUACUGGUGAAAAACCCUAUAAAUGUGAAGAAUGUGGAAAAGCCUUUAUUCGUAGUGAUCAACUUGCUUUACAUCAGAGAAAUCAUAUGAGUGAGGAAGCCCUAUGUGUAAUGUAAAGAGAAUGCGAUGGCCUUUAGAAAAUGCCCCUUACAACAGCAGAGAAUUUAUAAGAAAUUUUCUGUUUGCUAGGGAACAUGUGGGAAUCUGUUUUACUUCAUGUUCACAAUUUAUCAGAAAUGGUUUAGUAUGUUGAUUUAAAGAUUUGAAACGCUAUGGCAUCACUCAGUCCCUGUUAGACUUUAGAAGAUUGUUACUGAUGCACUGCAUCCCAAACCAUCAAGAACUUUUUCCUCUGCAAACUGUUCUUGAACGGUGCUUCUAUAAAAUGCCGUAAUAAUGGGCCAGGUGAAGUGGCUUACACCUGUAAUCCCAGCACUUUGA